AUGCCGCAACGAUUGACGUACCGGCGUCGCCUCUGUUAUAACACCAAAUCUAAUAAAACAAAGGUAUCGAAAACACCAGGUGGACGUCUAGUUUUCUUGUACAGAAAAAAGAAAGGUUCUGUAGCGCGAUGUGGUGAUACAGGAGUUAAACUAAAAGGAGUAAGUCCGGCAAGGCCACGCCAGCUGCGGAAAAUGACUAAACGACUUAAGACUGUCACGCGUGCUUAUGGUGGUUGCCUUUCAGCAGCGGCCGUACGGGAGCGUAUUAUUCGUGCUUUUCUAAUUGAGGAGCAGAAAAUUGUUGCACGAGUGUUAAAAGCAAAAAUUAAAGCUGAGAAGAAAUAA